GAGGCCGGGCCGGGCCGGGCCGGGCUAUUGCCGCCAUGCCCCGGGACAACAUGGCCUCCCUGAUCCAGCGGGUGGCGCGGCAGGCGCGCAUCACCUUCCGCAGCCCGGCGGGCCCAGCCUUCGGGGAGAACCUGCACCGUCUGCAGCAGCUGCUGGACGAGGUGCGCGCCGAGGACUUGCACUUGGCGCCGCGGGGGCCUUCGGCCGCGGCGGCGGCGGGCGGGGGUCCGCCGUGGGCCGGCGUGGUGCCUCCCGUCAGCUACAUGCACAUCUGCGAGACGGAGAGCUUCAGCAUGGGCGUAUUUCUGCUGCGGAGCGGCGCCUGCAUCCCGCUGCACGACCACCCGGGCAUGAACGGCAUGCUGAAGGUGCUGUACGGCACGCUGCGCAUCGCCUGCAUGGACACGCUGCCCGCCGGGGCCGCCGGGGCCGCCGCUGCCCCGCCGCUCCCCGCCGCUGGCAGCGGGCCGUGUCUGCGCGCCCUUUUCCGCCCCCGCCAGCACUACACGCCCGCCUCACCGCCCUGCCUGCUCUCGCCGCACACCGACAACCUUCACCAAAUCGACGCCGUGGACGGGCCUGCCGCCUUCCUCGACAUCCUAGCGCCGCCCUACGACCCCCAGCACGGCCGGGACUGCCACUACUACCGGCUGCUGGAGGGGCCGCCGGCGGGCGCGGAGCCGCCCGCGCUGCCGCGGGAGGUGUGGCUGGUGGAGACCCCGCAGGCCGCCGACUUCUGGUGCGGGGGCGAGCCCUAUCCUGGGCCUCGCGUCUGCCUCUGAGUCGCCGCCGGCGGCCUGUGCCGGGCGGCGGCCGCUGGGGACGAUGUGCGUUCGCCCCGCCGAGAGGGGAGCUCGCCGCUCGCCGCCCCCGGCCCGGCCACCCCUCCGAGCCCGCCGGACAGCAGCACCGCGGGGACGCGGUGUUUCGUGCUGGCUAGAGCUUCGCGGGAGUGCCGUGGGUCAGAGCCUUCCUCUGAUCACGGGCUUCGUGAGUCGGGGAAAUAAAGCGCCAGAACGUGCUUAUGCACUUGAGGCCGAUGUGCGGGAGCAGCACGGCUAAGCUGCUCAGCUGAAGGGUCGGGGAAAUAUUACAGUAUCCGGUGUAAAUAAUUAGGGCCACGCAUCAGGGAGGGGAGUUCAGGCUCCAGAGGGAGAGUAAAUGCCAUAAGAAUUGUCACAGAGUGCCCGGCUUUUCCCAAUGGGGCUCCCACUGCCAGAGCCAGCUGGCACCACAGGACCAGGGGACUGUACCCACGGAGUUUGGG